AUGGGCGCGAAUCCUUUUAGAUCACACACAUGUGGUUCUAGUGAUAAUACUUAUUGUUCGGAAAAUCCAACUGGAAAUCCACCUGGUUACGCAUGUUUUUGUCCAGAUAAUCAAUUUACAUUUAAUAAACCAUGUUCUGAACUUACCACAACAACUAAGAAAAUGACAACCACAACUUCAAACGGACCUAUUCUGACACCAAACGACUAUUUAUCCCCAAUCAAAGCAAUAAUUAAUGUGACAGAAAACGGAACGGUUGUAGAACGAAAUCAAGAUGCCACAUAUGGUCCUGGCGCUGGAGCUCGUGGUGCGAUAUUAAGAUCUGUUGGUAUCCAUCGAGUGAGAUUUCGUAUUGAACGAAUGUAUUUAAGCAGAAGACUGUUUAUUGGUGUUUAUUCGCCCCAUGCACUCACCCACCCUCUUUUCCCCAGUCAAACCUGCCGCUAUGCCGACUAUGAUGAGAUUGCAGCUUUACACUAUGAUGGAGGAUGGAAGUGUUACACACAAGCAUCCGGAUGGUUCGCUAAUGAUUCAAUUGCUGUGCGUGGCAAUACUUAUGACCAUUCAAAUCCAGCUGGACCGACGUAUACCAGCAACUAUGAACAAUACUACAUGACAAAUGAUGUUAUAACUUUAACUAUGAAUUGUGAAGAAGGCACAUUGACAUUGAAGAAUGAGCGUACCAAUAAGGAAUACCAUAUGUUUAUUGAUGAUGUUCAAAAUGAUGUGGGUCGAUUACCUUGGAAAUUAUAUAUUAAUCUAUACUAUCCAGGUGACAAAAUAAGACUUUUGUCAUCGGAAGAUGAUUGA